ACUGCAUAUGGAACAAAAAGUGAAAAGGGAUCGAUGUGGUCCUUUCACUGCAUGGAACAUAGUGCCAUCAGUCGAUCAAUAUUACCAGCACUCUUUGUUUAAGGUCAAAAGUUCACACACACACACACAAUGACUCUAUCACCUAUUUAUACUCCCUAUGUUCACCUUACUUACUCUCACCGUCUCUUUUCUCAGCCCACUUUUUCACUUCAUCCCUCUCUACAAUGGAAGGGAAACUCAUUUCAAUUCCACUUCUCUUUACUUUCUUUACCCUUUCCAUUUCUGUAUCAUCUGUUUCUCUUCAAUAUCAAACACUUACCCUACGCUCUCUCCCUGAACCUCAAUCCCUCUCAUGGGCCACCCAAGAUUCCAACGACUUUCAACCCUUAAAUUCCGAAAAUACCCUUGCUGUACAACUACACCACGUAGACUUAAUCACUCCUUAUACAUCCUUAUCCAACACCACACCACAUGCAUUAUUCAAACUCCGUCUUCAACGUGACGCCGUUAGAGCAAAACUCCUCUCUAACCUCGCUGAAGCGGUUGCUAACGCUAAUGCCACCGUUAAAGACUUCAGCAGCUCCGUCAUCUCGGGUCUUGCUCAGGGUAGCGGCGAAUACUUUACGCGCAUAGGCAUAGGCACUCCUCCUAAGUACGCUUACAUGGUUCUCGACACUGGCAGCGACGUUGUAUGGAUCCAAUGCUUGCCAUGCAGACAAUGUUAUAAUCAGUCCGACCCGGUUUUCGACCCGACUAAAUCAUCCUCAUUUACUGGGCUCUCCUGUGAUUCUCCUUUGUGCCGCCGGCUUGACUCGCCCGGCUGUAAUAACCGUAACAAAUGCCUUUACCAAGUCUCCUACGGCGAUGGUUCUUUCACCGUCGGCGAAUUCUCAACUGAAACUUUAACGUUUAGAAAGACACGUGUCAGCGACAUUGCAUUCGGUUGCGGCCACGAUAAUGAAGGUUUGUUCAUCGGAGCUGCUGGUUUGUUGGGUUUAGGGAAAGGGAAACUUUCAUUUCCGGGUCAAGCCGGAAGCCGGUUCGGUAAUAAAUUCUUAUACUGUUUAGUCGACCGAACCGGUUCUCCUAAACCGUCUUAUCUCAUUUUCGGCGAAACAGCAGUUACGCGAAAUACCAUUUUUACCCCUCUUUUAACCAACCAAAAACUAAACACAUUUUACUACGUGGAACUCACCGGGAUCAGCGUCGGAGGUACAAGGGUUCCGGGAAUUACGCCGGAGUUGUUCAAGCUCGGUGCUGACGGUAACGGUGGAGUCAUUGUCGAUUCGGGUACGUCAGUGACCCGGUUGACCCAACCCGCUUACGUGGCACUGAGGGAUGCUUUCCGCUUAGGUACUAAAAAUCUGAAGAGAGCGCCAAAUUACUCUUUAUUCGACACGUGUUAUGAUUUGUCUGGUAAAACCGAAGUGAAGGUUCCAACGUUGGUAUUACAUUUUAAGGAUGCUGACUUGGCAUUGCCAGCGUCAAAUUACUUGAUUCCGGUGAGUAGCGGAAGAAGAUUCUGCUUUGGAUUUGCGGGCACGGCAAGCGGGUUGUCUAUAAUUGGGAAUAUUCAGCAGCAGGGUUUUCGGGUCGUGUUUGAUGUUGCGGGUUCGAGGUUAGGGUUUGCUCCACGUGGGUGUAAUUAAUCUCAGAUUAUGAAAACUUACUUGAAAGUUAACACUCUGUUUAUUCCCAAAAGAAAGUUUAUGGCUAUUUUGUGUUAGUUUUUGUUUUCAUGGUUAGAUGAAUAUGUGAAAAAGGAAGAGAGGGGAUUUGGACUUUGUAGAAAAAAGAGGAACAUCUUCACAUGUUGUUUGUUUGCAUUAUGUGCUAAUGAUAGUAUCGUAUAGCGCAAUCUUAUCCUUUA